CAACUUUCCACAGUCAACACUGGAAGCCCCACCUUUUGUGUUUCCCGCACCGUCAAUCAAAAUAGAAAAAAAUAGACUCGAAUCACCGAUCGCAGCCCGCCUCCGAGUAAUAUAAUCAUGUUUGGCGUGUAAUUAAACCGAGAGUUUUCUUAUUAAAGUAAUUCACGUAAUGACUGCUCCUGAACACCCAGUGAAACAAGAGGAAAUGGCUGCCUUAGACGUGGACAGCAGUCAGGGCGACUUUCUGCAGCAAGAUGGUAGCAGAGGAGACCAGGACGCGCAGCCGUCGCCGCUCGCACUGCUGGCAGCCACCUGCAGCGAGCUCGGGUCUCCGUCCUCCGAGGGGGACCACGGUGCCGCCGCCGGCGUGGCAACAGACCCCACAUCAGUGCACUUGACCAGCACCUCGGAACGAUGGGACGGAGUGAAAGAUGAGUCCAGCAUUGUGCAGCUGCCCAGCACAGGCAUAGUAACGUCCAACGGGCAGUACGUUCUUCCCCUCCAAGGCCUUCAGGGCCUCCAGAGCCAACCCAUCUUGCUAACAUCAGGGACAGAUUCCUCCGCCAACACAGUGCCUAACAUCCAGUACCAGGUCAUCCCUCAGAUCCAGGCAGCCGAUGGGCAGCUGGGCUUCUCUACCUCGGCGGUGGAUGGUGCCUCACUGACGCACGAUGCCUCAGGGCAGAUCCAGAUCCUCCCCGACGGCUCCCAGACCAUCAGCGUGGCCGGUACAGCAUCGGCCGGCAUCCUCAGCAGCAGCCCGAACCUCAUGGCCCAGCCCGGCCAGGUGCAGCAGAUCCAGGGAGUAGCUUUGGGAAGCUCAGCCUUCAACAGCCAGGGGCAGGUGGUCGCUAACGUGCCUGUGGGGCUGCCCGGUAACAUUACCUUCGUGCCCAUAAACAGCGUCGAUUUGGACUCGCUGGGGCUGUCCGGUGCCCAGACGAUAGCUACAGGGGUGACUGCUGACGGACAGCUGAUCAUGACCAAUCAGGUGGCGGACAGCUCGGAGGGCUCAGAGAAGGCGGCAGAGCGCCUGUCGCAGCAGACGCUAGUAGUGAACAACACUAACGCAGCCACAGACAUGUUUGUGCCUACCACAUCUUCCUCCUCCUCAUCCUCGCAGCUGCCCGCCAGCACGAUAGACGGCACGGGCGUGCUGAGCCAGGCCACGGCCGUGUCGGCAGUGUCCGAGCACACGGACGGCUUCCUCACUCAGGGCCAGGUGCAGGUGUCGGCAGGGCAGCAGGUGAUCCAGCUGCAGCAGCUGCCCCUGCAGACCAGCGACGGACAGGUGGUCCAUCAACAGAUAUCCGCUCAGGGCCAGCAGCCCCUGCAGAACGUACAGCUCAUCAACCCAGGGACCUUCCUCAUUCAGGCGCAGACCGUCACGCCAUCGGGGCAGAUACAGUGGCAGACCUUUCAGGUACAGGGUAUUCAGAACCUCCAGAACUUGCAGCUCCAGACAGCCCCGGCCCAGCAGAUCACGUUAGCCCCAGUACAGACACUCUCACUUGGGCAGGGGGCCACGCUGAGCUCCACUCCAGUCAGCAUCAGCUCUGGGCAGAUCCCUAACCUGCAGACGGUCACGGUUAACUCAGUGGGCCAGACCGGGAUCCAGCUCCAGCAGGCCGAAGACACAGGCAGCCCUGGAGAUAUUCAGAUAAAGGAGGAGCCAGACUCUGAGGAGUGGUCUCUUGGUGGUGACUCUACCCUGAAUACUAAUGACCUGUCUCAUCUGCGCGUGCGAUUGGUGGAAGAAGAGAUGGAGGGGCUUGGCCAGGAGGGGAAACGUCUGCGCAGGGUCGCAUGCACCUGCCCUAACUGUAAAGAGGGCGGUGGGAGGGGCUCUAACAUGGGGAAGAAGAAACAGCACGUGUGCCACAUAGCAGGCUGUGGGAAGGUGUACGGCAAGACGUCCCACCUUCGCGCCCACCUGCGCUGGCACUCGGGCGAGAGGCCUUUCGUCUGCAACUGGAUGUUCUGUGGCAAGAGGUUCACACGCAGCGAUGAGCUGCAGAGACAUCGAAGGACACAUACAGGAGAGAAGAAGUUUGUGUGUCAGCAGUGUUCCAAGCGCUUCAUGCGCAGCGAUCACCUGGCCAAGCACAUAAAGACACACCAGAACAAGAAGGGUGGAGGGGGCGGGGCCCCGGCCGUGGCGGCCGUGGAGACGUCGUCGGCCUCCUCCGAGAGCAUCAUCACGCCGGGUGGUACCACGCUCAUCCUCACCAACAUCCAGCCAGGCGCCGUGCAGGGCCUGGCCACCGUCAACGCCACCGUCAACACGUCCAGCUCGCAGGACCUCCUCGCAGCCGGGGAGAUCCCCCUGCAGCUCGUCACCGUCUCCGCCGGCAACGCCACGGAGUGAACCGCAUCCAGGGAGCCGCGCAGCAAAAAAAAGAUAGGAGGCGGGGCCUUCCAGACUCUCAAGGAAGGAACCGCUCUGGACGGAUGCAACCGGACGCUCUAUCUGGCCGUCAAGGUUCUGUGGCUUCUAUACAUGACGUCGUUUAUCUUCUCCUUCUCCUGUCUGGACCUCAGUUUGACCAUAGACUUGUCCCUCACACAUGUAUCCUGCUUUUUAUACCCUCACAGAUUAUUCUCAUUUACGUAAAUAUAUACGUUUACGUAAAUGCAUACAUACAUAUAUAUAUAUAAAUAUAUAUAUAUAUAUAUAUAUAUUUUACAAAUAUAGAGUAUUGAUUUAUGUUUGUCUGCAGUCUUUUUAUGGUGAGAGUGGAGCAGAAAAGAAUUGUCCAACAUGGUUCCCAUUAUAAAAACACUGAAAUGCCUUAUUUUGUAUCAUACUCUGUGGUGUACAAAAGUAGUCGCUGAGGGAGUUGUAAUGCAACUUUCUACGUGUAUCUGUUUGAAUGGGAGUAGUCCUUAUAAAAGAAACUAUACAUGCAGGAAAUGGGAGCGACGUGAAGCUGACGCUGUGGCUAGGUUAGGCUUUAGCUGGCCAUGCUGUAAGGGAGAAUGUUCGACAUGAAUCAUGAAUGACCUUUAGAAUGAAGUGUGCCACCCUGGUGCUGGGCGUUAUGAAGUUCUUCAUGUCCAACUGUUGUCUUGAACGUGGCCCUUUCCGAGACUCUCCUCCGCACACACGCAUAUGUGAUUUCUUCGCCAUGGCCCCUCCAUCUAGCUGUGCCGUGCCGUGACCUGGCAGGGCUCCCUCUCUGAGAUGAAGCAUUGUGAAGAAUUUUUUGCAGGUGGCAAAACAAAAAAAAACAAACAAUCAAUGUAAUUAAAAACUUUUUUUCUUCUUGUUGAACCUCUUACAGUUGAUCUAAUGUUAUGCAUUUGUUGUCGAGUCUUUUUGAGCAAGAAAAUAUUUAUAAGAGGCUUUGCAUAGUAAACUGGUUUUGUGGUGUCUAUAUCCUGAAUGAGCAUAUACUUUUUUUUUUUCCCCUCAAAUGUAUGAUUACUCCAAUAUGUUACUUUUUUUUUUCUAAGACUGAACUAUAAUCUGAAUCAUAAUCAGAAUCCCUGAUAUGAAUGGGGCAGAUCUGUGGUUUCAGCUGAGAAAUCGGAUGAAGGUGCACAGUGUCUGGUUGGAUGGAGAGAGGGCGAUCCAGCGGUUUGGACCACAUUCAAUCAAAUCACUCCUCAGCUGCUAUGAAGACAUGGACUGAACCAACAGUUCAGAUCGCCACCUAACAAGCAAAGGACGUGCAGUUUAUUGUCUUGGGUCAGUCUGUUCGACACAGGCGGUGUGAAAUUUCAUCCCUACUGUAUGAAGAUCUGUGGAGUCUAGUGGGUUCUAAUGUGGUUCGCAGUAAUUUGAUUGAAUGAGGUCUUUAUGUUUGGGGCGUUGUGACUUGUCUGUUAUAGCCAUGUUUGGAGGAGGUUGGGACACUCCUGAUCUGAGAAACAGCAGAGUGAGGGAAAAGAAACUGGCCUUUUCACAUGAAAAAUACACCUGUUUAUUACUGGUAUAUACUCACAGUUUGUUAAUGAACUUUUGUAAAGCAAACAUGAUUCUUUUAUAUUCUUCCCAGGUUGCUGAAGGACAUACACUCUUUUUUCCCUGUCUGUGUGGGUGUGGGUAUGGGUGUGGGUGUGGGUGUGUCCCAGUAUGCAGUCUGGUAUUCAAGUGGUGGUGUAUGAUCAUUUUUGCACUUUCGUAUGACAGAUUAUUCUAUGUAAUCCAGACAUACGGAUUUUUGAGUUCUGUUGCCAGUCUUUCCGUAAGGUUUCAAUUAAAGACAAAACAUUCGAAUUUGCUUAUCGUGAUCGUCCAAAUUGAAGUACCCAGCCUUGUUGCAAACAUUAUUACUAAGUUGUAAUUGAUGAAACACUAUUGUUUUCUGAAUUAAUGUUUGUUUUCUUCCUUAACAUUUGCAGCCAUUUUUAAUAUGUUGCCCUAGUUUGUGAUGUCAGAUCGGAUUUCGUUCACUAUAAAUAGCGUAACAUGUCUCUUGUAUUUUUAUUUGGUCUUUUUUCCAAAAAAAAAAAAGCUUCAAAAUGUUGUACAAUGCCCACUUUUGAGGGCAGCUUUUUAUUUCACACUAAAAUGACUAAACAGAA